AUGGACAGGGAAAAGGGUGUGACCGACGUUCCGGGAGUGCCCAAGGGCGACCGCGGCCUCAGAAUUGCAAUCGUUUUCGUAACCAUUAGCAGCAAAAUCGCUCACAUUGCCACCGACAUUCUCACGCUCCCAUACAAUCGCUUCUACCAGCAGAACACUUUGCUGCCUAUACUGGCAAUCGCGAAAGCCGUCGAGGAUCGCGAGAACGAUGAGGAAAUCUCAGCACAGCUCAAGCGGUGGCGAGAUCGCAAACUAAGCGAGUUCCAGCUCGUCCAAGUUGCUAGCACCUUGAUCUCUGCCGCCGUCAUCGGCUGCUUCUCAUGGCCACCCCCAGACUCGCUGCAUUGGCUCGGCCCGGCAUUCUGGGACGCCAGCAUCUCUUUCUCGCUCUUUUCAAUCCUGCUCGCUGCCUCUGAGCAGUUUAUUUUCCAGACGCUCCACCGUUCGCCGACGCCGCGCAACGUCGACAAGGAGCUCGCCAUGAUCCUUUACAUCCGUCGCAGCAGAAAAGUCGAACCACUACACUCGCCCCUCGAGGAACUGCCGCCCAUCCCGCAGAUCCGCGCCAUCAAAAUCAAGGACAAGGGGGGGUGGUUCCCCAAGGAGAUGCCGCUCGUCGAGAUCCGGUGGAACAUGGUCUUCACUUGGCAGGCGCCCAUGAUGCUCAUGGCGUACUCGGCGAUUUGCUUCCUGGGGGGGUUGACGGUCUACGUCUGCGCGCCGCUGUACGAUGGGCAGGGAUGGGUUGGCGCAAGCAAAGCCGCCGUGUUCUACCUUGUCAGCUUCUUCUUCUGCGGAAUCACCUUUGUCUGGUGCGCAUUCUGGGCAUAUCGCUUUGUCGACCUCGGAGAUCCCUGA